AUGGCAACCGACUACAGCAAAAAGACCAACGCCGAAUUAAUCGAGAUCCUCAAGUCGCGCAAUCUCCCCCACACGGGUAAGAAAGCUGAGAUGGUCGCUCGGCUCCAGGAGAACGAUAAUAGCGCUGCUGACAAGUCGGAGGAGAAGCCUGCCGCCGCCGCUGCUGCUACGAAGGGUGACAACAACACCGAUGAUGUGAUUGACUGGGAAGACGAUGAGGUCCCUGCUGGUGAGGCGGCUGCUAAGGCGUCGACUGCGACCGGCGCUGCGACGAUCGCGGCCGGUGGACAAGGCGAGGUAGAGAACCCCGUCAAGGUGCCGAAUCAGAAGUUGGAUGAGGAGGCGGAUCCCGCGACGGCGAAGGAUUUGAAGGUCGAACAACCUGGUGAUGUUGCGCAGCAGCAGGAGGAGAAGAAGGAAGAGGAGGGUGCUGGUGCUGGUGCUACGGAGAAGGAGGCGGCGGAGGAGAAGAAGCCGGCAGUUACUUACUCCGCUGGGUUGCCUAUUACGGAGAUGGAGGAGGAACUGAAGAAGAGGAAGGCUCGCGCGGAGAAGUUCGGCGUUACGGAGGAGUCCAAGGCUGCGAUUGAGGCGGCGGAGAAGCAGCUGGAACGGGCGAAGCGGUUCGGUACUGCGGCUCCGGCUCCUGGGGAAGUCGGCGUGAAGAAGCUGGAUGAGGCGUUGCCGGAGAAGGAGGAGAAGUCGCGCAAGAGAGGUCGCGGUGAUGAGCAGAGCGGCGGCGGUGGUGGUCGCGGUGGAAAGAAGAGGGAUCUCGGAGGGAGGAACAGGUUCCGCGGCAGAGGAGGACACGGUGGGAACCGUAACCAGGGUCAAGGUCGCCCUCAGAAGCAACAGAAUGGCGGUGGUGCUACUGCUGCUGCUGGGGCCAAGACCAACUGGAGUCAAAAGGACGUCGCGGCCCUGGAAGCUCGGAAGAAGAGGUUCGGAGCUGCUGCGUAG